CGACAAAGCUAGAAAAAUUAUUUUCCACUCCAGAAAUUAAUGAUCAUGAGCUCGUAUUUGAUGGAGUCUAACUACAUUGAUCCGAAAUUUCCUCCAUGCGAGGAAUACUCGCAAAAUAACUACAUUCCCGAGCACAGUCCCGAAUAUUACGGCCGCGCCAGGGAGCCGGGCUACCAGCAGCCGCAGCCGCAGCAUCACCACCCGGACUUGUACCCAGCUCCCCCGCGGGCCAGCUACCACGCAGAUCGCCAGUACAACUGUGCAAGCAUCCCCGAGCCUGACACGCCGAGAGGGCACGCGGGAAUAGCCCACUCGGCGCACCUGCUCACGGGCAAGGGCCAGCCUGCUUCAUGCGAGACCCCCCAGCUGUCCAUGUCCCCCGCCACCCCGCCGGCCGCCGCCUCCGCCUGCAACCAAGCCCUCCCGGAGCAUCCCAACAGCGCCGCCUCGUCCAAGCAGCCCGUGGUCUACCCGUGGAUGAAGAAGAUUCACGUCAGCACUGUGAACUCGGGCUACAAUGGGACGGAGCCCAAGCGGUCUCGGACAGCAUACACCCGCCAGCAAGUCUUGGAACUGGAGAAGGAGUUCCACUAUAACCGCUAUUUGACUCGGAGGAGGCGCAUCGAGAUCGCCCACACGCUGGUCCUGUCCGAGCGCCAGAUCAAAAUCUGGUUUCAGAACCGCAGGAUGAAAUGGAAAAAGGACCACCGGCUGCCCAACACUAAAGUGCGCUCGUCGUCGUCUUCGUCCGGCUCCAGCGCCGGUUCCGCGGCCGGCGCUGUUGCCCCUUCCUCGGCCACGAAUACAGGGGCCUCCGAUGAACUGAGCGGGACGCAACAGCACGGCGACGAUAUUACCAGGUUAUAAAACACACAUGGACGACGCAGGCGGGAGAAAACAGCUAAACGGAACAGAACUUCUUAUUUAUAGAACGAUUCUAUAUUUUCCUUUCCCGUAGCCAUCGUGUGCGGUUUCCUCCAAGUCCAACGUUAAAUGAAAUGCAUGUUAUAUAGCAUGGAUUACUGCGAAAAUCGAUGCAUUUUUCUACGUGAUACAGGGUUUAAUUUAUUUGAAUCUCAUUUGAUGUUUUGAUUAUGUUUUGAAUGAAGGAAAAAUGCAGAUAAUUUUAAUCCAAAUAUUAUUGUGGGCCAUUUUUUGCCCUGCUUCCUAGGUGAAGUGCACAAUCUAUUUAUUUCAAACAACACUGGAAGUAAAUCAAUAUGAUAAUAAUUAUUUUUGGUAUUGGGGGAGGAUUUAAAAAAAACAUGAACCACACCAUUGAUCUUGAACUUACAUGUUUAGGAUAAAAAUGUGACAAUUACCUCGUGUAUUUCCGAAAAAAGGAUCUUGUUUGAUUUUCAGAUUGGUUUCGUGGUGUUGAUGUUGUGUUUAGGUCAUUUUACGGAGAGAAAAAAAAGAUUAUUGUGAAAUGCAAUAAACGGAGUUUAGUGUACUUGUGCUAAUCAUAUUGGU